CUCGAACCCAAUCCAAGGCAUACAUUCCAAACCCCUCUCUCUUUCCCCAUCCUUAUUUCCUCUUCUCAGAAAAAGAACUGCGAAUGGGCAUCUCUCCCUCCACAAGAAUCAUCUGCGAGCGAAGAAAUCUGCAAACUCCUCUCCCAUUUCUUCCCAUUCUACCCACAAAAACUUCAAAAUCCCCUACCAAUCCCACCUGAAGUCUCAUCGCAUCCCAUCCCACCCAAUAGAAAUUAGGGCUUUUGAUGGGGGCGGGCAUUUCUACCUUCUCACCACCACAAUCAUCAGAAGGCUGUUCCUCUUCUCGUUUGAAAACGGGCCUCGACGACAUUCCCGAGAGCUGCAUCGCCUCCGUUCUCGUACACCUCAGCCCUACCGAGAUCUGCAGUCUCGCGAGGCUCAGUCGCUCUUUUCGCGGCGCGGCUUCUGCCGACUUCGUAUGGGAAUUGAAGCUUCCAAAGAAUUAUCGGUACCUCGUCCAGAAGCUGUUCGAUGAAAUUCCCGCGGACCUUAGCAAGAAAGAGAUCUACGCCCGGCUCUGCCGUCCCAACCUAUUUGAUGGUGGCACAAAGGUGGCUUGGUUGGAGAAGAGUACCGGCGGGAUUUGCAUGUCGAUUUCUGCGAAGUCGUUAUCGAUUACAGGAAUUGAUGACAGAAGAUACUGGAAUUUUGUUCAGACUGAGGAGUCUAGGUUUCACACAGUUGCGUAUCUUCAUCAAAUUUGGUGGUUUGAGGUAGAUGGAGAGGUUGAGUUCCACUUCCCAGCAGGGACCUACAGCCUCCUCUUCAGGCUUCAUCUAGGCCGGGCUUCCAAGCGACUUGGCCGUCGUGUAUGUAAUCCUGAACAUGUACACGGGUGGGAUAUAAAGCCAGUGCGUUUUCAGCUAUCAACUUCAGAUGGUCAGCAGGCUUUAUCGCAGUGCUAUUUAGACGAUCCUGGCAACUGGGUUCAUUACCAUGUAGGUGAUUUUGUGGUUGAGAAUUCGGACACCCCGACAAAGGUCAAGUUCUCAAUGACCCAGAUUGAUUGCACCCAUACAAAAGGGGGCCUCUGUUUAGAUUCUGUGUUGAUAUAUCCCAGUGUAUUUAGAGAGAAGGGCAAGAUUUUGAGCCAAGGAUGUCUUUGUAGUAUAGGUGGGUGACUCAAGCGGCACGGUCAAAUACAGUAGGUCGUUUGGCUCUCCAUGGAGCAUUUGUAUACAUAGCCAUGAAAACAUUUGUUGACCUUUUAUGAUAUAUUGAAUAAUAUGAGGUGUAUUUGCGAUA